CCCUACUCAGAUCCUGUUUGGGUGGCCCGUGCCUGCUUGGUUCCUGGUGUGACCUCUCCCAAGAUGCCUGAGCCGGGGAAGAAGCCAGUCUCAGCUUUCAGCAAGAAGCCACGGUCAGUGGAGGUGGCCGCAGGCAGCCCUGCCGUGUUUGAGGCUGAGACAGAGCGGGCAGGUUUGAAGGUGCGCUGGCAGCGAGCAGGCAGUGACAUCAGCGCCAGCAACAAGUAUGGCCUGGCAGCCGAGGGCACGCGGCACACGCUGACGGUGCGGGAUGUGGGCCCUGCCGACCAGGGGUCCUACGCAGUCAUCGCUGGCUCCUCCAAGGUCAAGUUUGACCUCAAGGUCUUAGAAGCAGAGAAGGCAGAGCCUGUGCCAGGCCCUGCUUCCGCCCCUGCUGAGGCUCCUGGAACCCCUGGAGAAGCGCUGGCCUCAGCCACUGACGUGGAAGGAGGCUCCCCAAGUCCUGAAGAGUCAAGCUCAGCCACCCCCGAUGGCCCUGGUGCCCCUGAGGACCCCAUUGGCCUCUUUGUGAUGCGUCCACAGGAUGGCGAGGUGACCGUGGGCGGCAGCAUCACCUUCUCAGCCCGUGUGGCUGGGGCCAGUCUCCUGAAACCUCCUGUGGUCAAGUGGUUCAAGGGCAAGUGGGUAGACCUGAGCAGCAAAGUGGGGCAACAUCUGCAGCUGCGUGACAGCUAUGAUCGGGCCAGCAAGGUCUAUCUGUUUGAGCUGCACAUCAUAGAUGCCCAGGCCACAUUUGCUGGUGGCUACCGCUGUGAGGUAUCCACCAAGGACAAAUUUGACAGUUGCAACUUCAAUCUCACUGUCCAUGAGGUCAUUGGCCCCGGAGACCUGGACCUCCGAUCAGCUUUCCGCCGCACGAGCCUGGCUGGAGGUGGUCGGCGGAUCAGUGACAGUCACGAAGAUGCUGGGACUCUGGACUUCAGCUCACUCCUGAGGAAGAGCAGCUUACGGACCCUGAGGGACUCGAAGCUGGAGGCACCGGCGGAGGAAGACGUGUGGGAGAUCCUGCGGCGGGCGCCCCCUUCGGAGUACGAGCGCAUCGCCUUCCAGUACGGCGUCACGGACCUGCGAGGCAUGCUCAAGAGGCUCAAGGGCAUCAAGCGGGAUGAGAAGAAAAGCACAGCCUUUCAGAAGAAGCUGCAGCCGGCCUACCAGGUGAGCAAGGGCCACAAGAUCCGGCUGACCGUGGAAUUGGCUGACCCCGACGCCGAGGUCAAGUGGCUUAAGAAUGGACAGGAGAUCCAAAUGAGUGGCAGCAAGUACAUUUUCGAGUCCAUUGGUGCCAAGCGUACGCUGACCAUCAGCCAGUGCUCCCUGGCGGACGACGCGGCCUAUCAGUGUGUGGUGGGUGGUGAGAAGUGCAGCACUGAGCUCUUCGUCAAAGAGCCCCCUGUGCUGAUCACUCGGCCCCUGGAGGACCAGCUGGUGAUGGUGGGACAGCGGGUGGAGUUUGAGUGUGAAGUGUCCGAGGAGGGGGCCCAGGUCAAAUGGCUGAAGGAUGGGGUGGAGCUGACCCGAGAGGAGACCUUCAAAUACCGGUUCAAGAAGGAUGGCCAGAGACACCACUUGAUCAUCAACGAGGCAACGCUGGAGGACUCUGGGCACUACGCACUGCGCACCAGUGGGGGCCAGGCGCUGGCUGAGCUCAUUGUGCAGGAGAAAAAGCUGGAGGUGUACCAGAGCAUCGCAGACUUGACGGUGGGCUCGAAGGACCAGGCAGUGUUCAAGUGUGAGGUGUCAGAUGAGAACGUGCGGGGUGUGUGGCUGAAGAACGGGAAGGAGCUGGUGCCUGACAGCCGCAUAAAGGUGUCCCACAUUGGACGGGUCCACAAGCUGACCAUUGACGACGUCACGCCUGCGGACGAGGCGGACUACAGCUUUGUGCCUGAAGGCUUCGCCUGUAACCUGUCUGCCAAGCUCCACUUCAUGGAGGUCAAGAUUGACUUCGUGCCUAGGCAGGAACCUCCCAAGAUCCACCUGGACUGCCCGGGCCGCACGCUGGAUACCAUUGUAGUGGUGGCUGGGAACAAGCUACGCCUGGACGUCCCUAUCUCUGGGGACCCUGCUCCCACUGUAAUUUGGCAGAAGACCAUCACAAAGGGGAGUAAGGUCCCAGCAGGGCCAGCCCCUGAUGUCUCAGGGGAUGCAGAUGCCAGUGAUGAGUGGAUAUUUGACAGGAAGCUGCUGUGUGAGACCGAAGGCCGGGUCCGGGUAGAGACCACCAAGGACCGCAGCGUCUUCACUGUGGAGGGGGCAGAGAAGGAAGACGAGGGCGUCUACGUCGUCACAGUGAAGAAUCCCGUGGGCGAGGACCAGGUCAACCUCACCGUCAAGGUCAUCGAUGUGCCUGAUGCCCCCGCCGCCCCCAGGAUCAGCAACGUGGGUGAAGACUACUGCACGGUGCAGUGGGAGCCCCCUGCCUACGAUGGCGGGCAGCCAGUCCUGGGCUACAUCCUGGAGCGCAAGAAGAAGAAGAGCUACCGGUGGAUGCGGCUGAACUUCGACCUGCUAAGGGAGCUGAGCCACGAGGCGCGGCGCAUGAUCGAGGGCGUGGUGUAUGAGAUGCGCGUCUACGCCGUCAACGCCGUGGGCAUGUCCAGGCCCAGCCCUGCCUCCCUGCCCUUCAUGCCCAUCGGCCCCCCCAGCGAGCCCACCCACCUAGCGGUGGAGGAUGUCUCCGACACCACCGUCUCCCUCAAGUGGAGGCCCCCGGAGCGCGCCGGAGCUGGAGGCCUGGACGGCUACAGCGUGGAGUACUGCCGGGAGGGCUGCUCGGAGUGGGUGGCUGCCCUGCAGGGGCUAAUGGAGCGCACGUCAGUGCUGGUGAAAGACUUGCCCACUGGGGCCCGGCUGCUCUUCCGCGUGCGGGCGCACAACGUGGCGGGGCCUGGAGCUCCUGUCACUAUCAAGGAGCCUGUGACGGUGCAGGAGAUAUUUCAGCGGCCACGGCUCCAGCUGCCCAGACACCUUCGCCAGACCAUCCAGAGGAAGGUCGGGGAGCCUGUGAACCUCCUUAUUCCUUUCCAGGGCAAGCCCCGGCCUCAGGUGACCUGGACCAAAGAGGGGCAGCCACUGGCAGGAGAGGAGGUGACCAUCCGCAAUAGCCUCACAGAUACCAUCCUGUUUAUCCGGGCCGCGCGCCGCACCCACUCCGGCACCUACGAGGUGACACUAUGCAUCGAGAACGUGGAGGAUAAGGCCACGCUGGUCCUGCAGGUCGUUGACAAGCCAAGUCCUCCCCAGGAUAUUCAGGUCAUUGAGGCGUGGGGUUUCAAUGUGGCUCUGGAGUGGAAGCCACCCCAAGAUGACGGCAACACAGAGCUCUGGGGCUACACAGUUCAGAAAGCCGACAAGAAGACCAUGGAGUGGUUCACUGUCUUGGAGCAUUACCGCCGCACACACUGCGUGGUGUCAGAGCUCGUCAUCGGCAAUGGCUACUACUUCCGGGUCUUCAGCCAUAACACAGUGGGACCCAGUGACAGAGCCACCACCACCAAGGAACCUGUCUUUAUCCCCAGACCAGGCAUCACAUAUGAGCGGCCCACCUACAAGGCCCUGGACUUCUCUGAGGCCCCACGCUUCACCCGCCCCCUGGUGAACCGCUCGGUCAUCGCUGGCUACAAUGCUACCCUCUGCUGCGCCGUCCGGGGUACCCCCAAGCCCAAGAUUUCCUGGUUCAAGAAUGGCCUGGACCUGGGUAAAGAUGCCCGCUUCCGCAUGUUCAGCAAGCAGGGAGUGUUGACCCUGGAGAUUAGAAAGCCAUGCCCCUUCGACGGGGGCGUCUAUGUCUGCAGGGCCACCAACUUACAAGGCGAGGCACAGUGUGAGUGCCGCCUGGAGGUGCGAGUGCCUCAGUGACCAGACUGGCUCCCUGGGGAUGGCCAGGUGCAGCCGGAUGCCAGCCCACGUGCCAAGAGCCUGGAAGGAAGCUGGACAAGCCACCUUCCUGUUGGACAUACGUGUGCAAGUGUGUGUUUUGGAGUUGGGCUAGCAGAGCAUCAGUGGGGCAGCGUAGUUAUGAGC